CUUCCUUUUCUUUCCUUUCUCUCCCAUGGUUCCACCAUCCCGCCAUGCCUUCUCUCUCCAAUUUCUCCAGCUGGUGGACUGCACGUAGUCACCUUCAAAUAACUCCGGCCGAGAGCUCUGAUAAUGGCAGCGGCGACAUCAACGAAGACAACCUGAUUCCCAACCCCAUUGAAUGCUACGCUUGCACUCAAGUGGGACUCCCAGUUUUCCACUCCACCAGCUGCGACCAAGCACACCCUCCGGAAUGGGAAGCCUACGCCGGCUCUUCCCUCGUUCCCAUUCACGCCCGAGCUUGCCUGCAGAAGAACUCGACUCAAGCAGCCACUCGGCAGCCUUCCGGUCCGUUCGGCGGACGACGAGGAGUGCUUGACCCGAGGAGCAAGCGGGUACAGAAAUGGAACCGUUCAAUCCUGCUGGCUCGUGCAAUGGCCUUAGCCAUUGAUCCUCUCUUCUUUUAUGCUGUAUCUAUAGGCAGAGGUGAAUGGCCUUGUUUGUACAUGGAUAGUGGGCUUGCCGUGACUGUUACCGUCCUUCGGACUUGUGUCGACGCUGUGCAUUUGUUCCAUAUAUGGCUUCAGUUCAGGUUGGCGUACGUGUCCAGGGAGUCCCUCGUCGUCGGUUGCGGGAAACUGGUGUGGGACGCUCGUGUCAUUGCUUCUCAUUAUGUUCGUUCGCUUAAAGGUUUCUGGUUUGAUGCCUUCGUGAUUCUCCCAGUUCCUCAGGCAGUGUUCUGGUUAGUUUUACCAAAACUAAUGAGGGAAGAGCACAUCAGGCAUAUAAUGAAUAUACUGUUCUUGAGUUUCUUGUUCCAAUUCCUCCCAAAAGUUCACCACACCAUUUGCUUGAUGAGAAGGAUGAAGAAGGUCACUGGUUAUGUCUUUGGCACCAUUUGGUGGGGUUUCGGCCUUAAUCUCAUUGCCUACUUCAUAGCUUCCCAUGUUGCGGGAGGGUGUUGGUAUGUGCUCACUAUGCAGCGCAUAACCUCGUGUCUCAGGCAACAAUGUGCGAGAAAUGAGCAGUGCGGAAAACUGUCUUUGUCUUGUGGCAGUGGCUCAACAAAAGUUAAUGGAAAACCUUUGUGCUUAGACGUUAAAGGACCAUUCAAUUAUGGGAUUUAUGAGUGGGCUCUUCCUGUUGUUUCUAGCAAUUCUGUUGCUGUUAAGAUCCUUUAUCCCAUAUUUUGGGGCUUAAUGACUCUCAGCACCUUUGGAAAUAUUCUAGAGCCAACGAGUAACUGGUUAGAAGUGAUAUUCAGUAUAUGCUUAGUGCUAGCUGGAUUGCUGCUCUUCACUUUACUCAUAGGGAACAUCCAGGUUUUCUUGCAUGCUGUCAUGGCGAAGAAGAGGCAAAUGCAGCUGAGAUGUCGAGACAUGGAAUGGUGGAUGAAGCGUCGGCAGUUACCGUCAUGUUUGAGACAAAGAGUUCGCCGUUUUGAACACCAGAACUGGGCCACUUUGGGAGGAGAGGAUGAAAUGGAAUUGAUCAAAGACUUGCCUGAAGGCCUUCGGCGGGACAUUAAGCGUUAUCUUUGCCUUGACCUCAUCAAAAAGGUUCCUUUGUUCCACAACUUGGAUGAUCUUAUUUUCGAUAACAUUUGUGACCGAGUUAAACCUCUUGUCUUCUCUAAAGAUGAAAAGAUAUUUAGAGAAGGAGAUCCGGUGCAAAGAAUGGUAUUUAUAGUUCAUGGACGCAUUAAACGUACUCAAAGCUUCAGCAAAGGCAUGGUUGCGACGAGUAUAAUCGAAGCAGGAGGCUUUAUAGGUGAUGAGCUGCUCUCAUGGUGUCUUCGCCAAUCAUUUAUCGACCGUCUUCCGGCCUCAUCUGCGACAUUCGUUAGCGUCGAAUCGGUUGAAGCGUUUGGUCUUGAUUCGGACCAUCUCCGAUACAUCACGUAUCAUUUCAAGUACAAAUUCGCCAGCGAGAGGCUUAAGAGAACAGCAAGAUAUUAUUCAUCAAAUUGGCAAACAUGGGCCGCUGUGAACAUACAACUCGCCUGGCGGCGUUACCGAACGAGGGUUAAAGGUCCGAAUCCGAUUACUUCCAGGACAGAGCAGGGAAGCAGCAGAGACCAUCAGUUGCUGCAAUAUGCUUCAAUGUUCAUGUCAAUCAAAUUACAUGAUCAUCUGGAAUAAAAAGAAAAAAAAGCAGCCGUUGCUUAGUAAAUUUUGUACUUUGAUCAAAUAAAACUCUUGGUUCUUCCAACAUGGAAAUCAUGGGACAUGGUACUCCACUAAUGUUAUGUUUUUACAUGAAAUAUGGAAUAAACUGGAAGAUUCCAAAAGUAACAGGGAAGCUCUUGUACUUAA